CAACGAAUCCCCGGCGAGCGGCGGGGCCACGCCUCCGCUGCUCCUCCGCAUGACGCAAGAGCCGACGUCACUCCUCCCGGUCUGGGGGCGGACGCCAACGACGCGACGGCCCAAGUCGCGACGCCACCAGCUCCCCAUCUCCUCAGGCGCCAUGGAGGAAGCCGACGACCACAGACCCUACUCCUCAACCGGGCGCCCCUUCCUCUCCGGCCUCUGCGCCGCGGCGCUCCGCCGCAAGCCCCUCGGCGCCCACACGUCCACCGCCGCCUCCGGCGAGGGCCUCGUGCGGCAGCUCGGCGUCCUCGAGCUCGUGCUGCUCGGGAUCGGGGCUUCCAUCGGCGCCGGCAUCUUCGUCGUCACCGGCACCGUCGCCCGCGACGCUGGCCCAGGUGUUACGAUCAGUUUUGUUCUUGCUGGAGCUGCGUGUGUGCUCAAUGCCUUGUGCUAUGCUGAACUCGCAUCUCGAUUCCCUGCUGUGGUUGGGGGAGCAUACAUGUACACAUAUGCGGCAUUCAAUGAGAUCACUGCCUUCUUGGUUUUCACUCAGUUGAUGGUGGAUUACCAUAUUGGCGCAGCAAGCAUUGCUCGCAGCUUAGCAAGCUACUUUAUCCAAUUCUUGGAGCUUAUCCCAUUCUUGAAGGGACACAUUCCAAGCUGGAUAGGACAUGGAGAGGAUUUUUUCGGGGGUGUUGUAUCGAUUAAUAUAUUGGCCCCGAUUCUUCUCAUCCUAUUAACUGUGAUUCUCUGCUACGGUGUGAAGGAAUCAUCAGCAGUGAACACUUUUAUGACUACUCUGAAGAUAGUCAUUGUAAUAGUUGUUGUAUUUGCCGGUGUUUUUGAGGUGGAUGUAUCAAAUUGGUCACCAUUUAUGCCUAAUGGUUUCAAAUCUGUGGUGACUGGAGCUACAGUAGUCUUUUUUGCAUACGUUGGAUUUGAUGCAGUUGCUAAUUCUGCUGAGGAAGCCAAAAGGCCACAGAGGGAUUUGCCCAUCGGUAUCCUAGGAAGCCUUCUAGCAUGUGUCUUAUUCUAUGUUGCUGUAUGCUUGGUCAUUACUGGAAUGGUGCCAUAUACAUUACUUGGUGAAGAUGCUCCUUUGGCUGAGGCUUUUGCUGCUAAGGGGCUGAAAUUUGUUACUGUAUUGAUCAGUAUUGGUGCUGUUGCUGGACUUACUACAACACUUCUAGUUGGCUUGUAUGUUCAGUCGCGUUUGUAUCUUGGCCUUGGAAGGGAUGGGCUUCUACCUUCAAUAUUUGCUAGAGUACACCAAACAAGGCAUACUCCUCUGCACUCUCAGAUCUGGGUUGGCUGUGUUGCAGCAGUCAUGGCAGGUCUCUUUAAUGUGCACAUGCUCUCACAUAUUCUUUCCGUUGGCACGCUGACCGGUUAUUCAGUCGUAUCAGCUUGUGUGAUCACAUUAAGAUGGAAUGACAAAGGAACUAGUCGUCGCUCCCUUGGAAAUAUGUCAAUCUGGCAAGAGGGUGCUCUAUGUCUUGUCAUUGUUGCUCUUUGUGGUUUUAUAGUGGGACUUUGCUAUCGAUUCAACUAUGAUAUUGCCUUUAUGGUAGUAGCUUUCCUGAUAGCUGUUGCUGCCAGUUUUGCUCUCCAGUUUCGUCAGGUCUAUGUGGAUCCGCCUGGCUUUUCUUGUCCUGGGGUACCGCUGGUUCCAGUUAUCUCUGUUUUCUUCAACAUGGUCCUGUUUGCUCAGCUACAUGAAGAAGCGUGGUAUAGAUUUGUCAUCCUUAGUCUCGUUGCUGUGGGAAUUUAUGCCGGCUAUGGUCAGUACAACGCUGUUCCUUCCAGCUCAGACCACUCUUCUGUUGGUUACCACGGAGUUCCUUCUGAAGCUCCAUGAGCUGCGGCAAAGCCUCCAAGUUCUUUGGAAAUACUGUACCAUAAGAUGGGAUCUGAUCUUUUUUUUCUCGUGAAAUGUUGCACGGUGCAUACUUUGUAGUUACGUAUGCAGACGAUGAAUUUCUUAGCCUGUAAAUGAGAUGAUGUAAGUGUCUACCGCACCAUUUGUUUAUACCCAAUAAAAAGAAAA